AUGGAUUUCCACACUGCCAGCGAAAAAGCCAAAGCUUUCACCAAGAAGCCAACCGAUGCCGAAUUCUUGGAAUUCUACGGUUUGUACAAGCAAGCUACUGUCGGCGAUGUGAACAUUCCAGCUCCCGGCGCUCUGGACCUGAAGGCCAAGGCCAAAUUUGAUGCGUGGAGCAAGCACAAGGGUCUGUCGGCGGAUGACGCGAAAGCGGCCUACAUUGCUGUCUACCAGAAGUACGCGCCCAAAUAUGCUUGAGCGGGAAAAUAAAUUUGUUCAAUGACAUUGAACUAU